AUGACAGCGUGGGACCCUCGGGGUGAAAAGAAGGUUAAACGCACACGUGGUAAUCCCUAUGAAAGACCGUCUAAGGGCAGUGGGCAGUACCAGACCAAACCCACGCAGGACAUUGAUCAUCAGGAGUUAGAGGAUAACCCUGAUGAUAUCGUCAAAUUUUUGGAAGCCCUUCAGGUGGGCCUCCCCUCCAACGCCGCUCAGGUCAACACUUUGGUAGGGAGCUCCCAGAUCUAUUCCACGAUAGCAGAAUCUCGGAGCCUCGAUGAUACCACCCCCGCAAGUGAAGACCACAAUACCUUGUCCGCAGAUGGCCAGAAGGGGUGUGAUACCCUCAUAGAACGACUUCCAGGCAGUAGCACAACAUCGGCAAACUCAGACGGUCAAACAGUUAACGCCUUGCGAAAAGGUAAACAGGUCAAUCGCACCCCAAUAACAAAACUUGCGGAUUCACAGCCGCUUACUGGGUUGGCCGAUGAAAGCCACUUCUUGGCGUUUGAACCCAUUGAUAUUUUGGGUGAUGUAUCAACUGAACUAGUUUGGGAGCCUGUUAACGACGAUGAGCAACCGCUGAACAGCUACAAGGGAAUCAUAACUCUGGAGCAACCACCUCAACAAGAUCAGGAGCUAGUGGACGUUGGUACCAAAAUACUCAAGGCUACCUACAGGCAAAUUCCAGAACAUGUCGUAGAGGCACUUGCUGAGGACACAGGAAGACAGAUGGCGGCAAUCUGGGACAUGGAGAUUGGCAAGAAUUCAACCAUUGACGAAUUGGAGUCUAUCGUACAGACUCUAUUAGCGAACGUCAUUCGCGAUUCGGGCAUGUACCUCAUUGGAGAAAUUGCUCAGUGGGAACCAACCAAUCCGAAGGAAGCCCUGCCAGUACCGACGACGACUGGAUCAUUGGAUACGCCGGACAUGGAAAUUGAUGAUGAUGAUAUUCUAGUUAGAUAUGCCCAGGAGCAAGAAAUUAGAGAUCGUCAUCUCGUUUCAAGCUUCCAGGAGGAACAACAGGAGCCAGAGCAAAUCGAGCUCAAUUGGAUUCAAGAACAGGAACGGCAACUCGAAGAGGGAUGCAUCUACACAACUAACCUCGUUGUCGAUAUCCUCAAUGCUGCCGCUUCUGGAGAGCUACCAGGAAUAGUCGUCCAGGAAGAGAUCUCACAGGCCCAACAAUUUGUGGACUCGGCGACAGCCUUUAUCCACCACACUGUCACCACGAACCAAGGGACGGUCGUUGAAGCCGUGGGCACGGUGCGCAAAUACUUGGUUAAUAAACUGCAAUCAGCUAGUUUGCGCAUUGAAGUCUCUUUGGCAAUGGAAGAGCAGCUUCCCAGUGCUCCUAUGGUCUCUCAUCCGGCAUAUGAGCUCCAUUAUCAGGACCCUUUGUUGGACAGCAACAUGGACGAGGUAUCAGCAUCGGCAACGCCAACUUCAACACUGCCACCUAGAUUGAUCAAACCCCCUUCAGCAUCUGCAGUAGAAGAGCCAUCAAAGACACUACCACUGCCCGAGGAAGUUGACAAUAGCUUCCACAAGGCACACCAAAAUGCUGGCCACGACCAGAAUGAGGUCGUUCGAUCCGACGGAAAUGUGGAAAAGGAGGAAGAGACACGCAUUGGAGAGGACGCUCUCCUUUGCUUGGUUCAUCCUACCCUUUCCAAUGACGUCGAGACCUCCGCCGGCGUGGACCAUGGAGAGGGCCAAUCUGGCCUGGGCCAUGGUGUGUCGGCGGAGGAUCCGCCUUUGGAAUUCGUCAAUACUCAGCCGCUUGGUCAUGGAUGCCUAAAAGCCAGUACGACGCAAGCGACAGCCUGCCCAUCGUCUGAGCCGCAGGGUAUUGAUGAACACUAG